AUGGAACCAGGAAUCUCCAACCAGUCAUUCAUUCUCUCCUACACUGACUUUACUCUCUUGGGUUUCCCUGGCAUAUCUCGAUGGAGGCCCCUCCUGGCAAUCCCAUUCUUUUCAGUGUACUUAGUUAUCCUGAUUGGGAAUUCUCUCAUCAUCUGCCUCAUCUGCGUUAAGAAGUCUCUCCAUUCCCCCAUGUAUUUGCUCAUCUCUUUGCUCUUUUCCAUUAACAUCUCCAUUUCUACUGCCAUAUUGCCAAAAUUCCUCCUAGACUUGUUAUUUCAAUUCAACCAAGUUUCCCUGACUGGCUGUCUUCUGCAGAUGUUUUUUAUCUACUUCAUGUCAGUAUGUGAAUCUGGUGUGAUCCUAUUAAUGUCCUUAGACAGAUACGUAGCAAUCUGUAGGCCAUUACGUUAUCAUAACAUCAUGACAAAGAGCUUACUGGCCUGGCUCACAGUCUUUACAAUAGUUCGGAACUGCCUCCUUAUUUGCCCACUGGUCAUAUUAACCUCUAUGGUCCAGUUUUGCAGGUUGAAUAUCAUCCUGAACUUUGCAUGCGAAAACAUGGCGCUUCUCAGUCUUGGAUGUGGAGACACCACCAAAGCACAGAUUGCAGGGUUAAUUGUGCGAAUUCUUGUCAAUGUCCUUGAUGUUGGUCUACUCUUGAUCUCCUACUCAACCAUAAUCUACACAGCCAUGAAAACUGCUACUGGGAAGUCCCGACACAAAGCUCUAAACACCUGUGGGACACACUUGCUGGUGGCAAUGUUGGUCUAUGUGAGUGGACUGGCAUCUUCCAUUGUGUACAGGAUGGAAACAAUAAUUUCUAUAGAUGUUAAGAAUCUCUUCACUGCAUUAUACCUAAUUAUUCCAGGUGCCUUAAACCCCUUGAUAUAUGGACUGAGAGUUUCAGAGAUCAGAAAGAGACUGAUUGAAGGCUGGAGAAAAAAUAACAACUUGUUCUCAUCAUGA